ACAACCCCCGGGAAGCUAUCAUAUAUCUUGGGAAUUUAGCGGAUCUGCGUCUGGAGCUGCGCCAAAAGCUUGACUUUGCAUCACAAUCCCAUACCGCGGAAGUACCCAACCUGGAGGCAUCAAUGGGGCUUUUGUUAUAUAGUGGGCACCAUCACGGCCCAAAUCAUCCAUCCCCCAGCACACUCUCCAACCCAGAACCCCUUGUCUUUCAGAGUACCUUUCCCACAGCACGUCCCAACGCAUAGAGUACUCGACCAUGGGCUUCGAACUGAGGCAGCUGUGGAGCGCACCACACGUCAAUCCAUACAACAAGAAGGCCACAUCCAUACCCAUCUUCAAUCCCUUUGACAAAUACGGACGCGUCUUUUUCUUCUCUUAUCUGGGUUUCUUCAUUGCCUUCUGGUCAUGGUACGCUUUUCCGCCACUGGUAUGCAUCACAAUCAAGAAGGAUCUCCAUCUAUCUCAGAAUGAGGUCGCAAAUUCCAACAUCGUCUCCCUGGCCGCCACCCUUGUGGUGCGAUUCAUCGCUGGCCCCUUGUGCGACAGAUUUGGGCCUCGUUUGACUUUCGCUGGACUGCUGCUCACUGGCGCUAUCCCGACAGCACUCGCCGGCACGGCUCAUAACGCAGCAAGUCUGUACGCAAUCCGCUUUUUCGUUGGCAUUCUAGGUGGCACAUUUGUGCCUUGUCAAGUAUGGACGACGGGUUUCUUUGACAGGAAUAUUGUUGGCACCGCAAAUGCGCUCGUCGGUGGUUGGGGCAAUUCAGGAGGAGGUAUCACUUACUUCGCCAUGCCGGCUAUCUUCGAUUCUCUGGUGCACAAGCGUGGCUUGUCGCAGCAUGUCGCAUGGCGUGUGUCCUUCAUGGUCCCGUUCAUCCUCAUCACGCUUACUGGAAUCUGCAUUCUCCUCUUCACCGAUGACACCCCGACUGGCAGCUGGGCCGAGCGGAAUGCAGUUGUCGCUCCUACGCACACGGAAACCAUUGUUGCAGCAACCGGAAACUUGAACGACAACCCGUACGACAGUGGCAACGGCUCGGUAUCGGAAGACGACGAGAAAAAGACCAGAGUGGAAAAAACGCCUCUUCCCAACAGCGACAUCGAAACCGGCGCCGGCGAGGUCCAAAUCCUCGACGAGGUGCAGCACGAGGUGAUACAAAAGCCCACCAGAAAGGAAGUCAUCAAGGUCAUCUGCUCAUUGCAGACUCUUAUGCUCUGCGCUGGCUACUUCUGCUCGUUUGGCGGCGAACUCGCCAUCAACUCCAUCCUCGGCUCUUAUUACCUCAAGAACUUCAAGUACCUGGGGCAGACGCAGUCGGGAAGGUGGGCAGCCAUGUUCGGAUUGUUGAACGUGGUGAGCAGACCGCUUGGUGGCUUCGUGGGCGACCUCAUCUACAAGUGGACCAACCAUAACCUGUGGGCGAAGAAGGCUUGGAUUCACUUUGUGGGCGUCAUGUCCGGCAUCUUCCUCGUCGUCAUUGGCGUUCUCGACCCCAAGAACCUGGAUACCAUGAUUGGCCUCAUCGCUCUCAUGGCCAUCUUCCUCGAGGCCGGCAACGGCGCCAACUUUGCCCUCGUCCCUCACGUCCACCCUUUCGCCAAUGGUAUCAUAUCCGGCUGCGUCGGCGCCACAGGCAAUCUCGGAGGCAUCGUCUUCGCCAUCAUCUUCCGCUACAACGGCAUACACUAUGCGCGCGUCUUCUGGAUCAUGGGCAUAAUGGUGAUUGCGCUGAACUUGGCGUUUGUGUGGGUGAGACCGAUUCCCAAGGGCCAGAUUGGUGGCCGUUGACGGAUUCUGGUUCUUGUAAUUUCUGCUGUUUGUUUAUUUCGGUUGCUUUUCCGGAUAGGGUAAAGGCACAAAAUAUAUUAGAGUCUUGAUACCGAUUUUAUUCGUCGGAUUUGAAUGUGCG